CCACGUGAUGAUGCGACGCUUCCCUCGCUCUGCGUCUCCUACCCUGGUGCAGGGGGUAGCAACAUGGCGUCCAUGCAGAAAAGGUUACAGAAGGAACUAUUAGCACUGCAGAACGAUCCACCCCCUGGAAUGACCCUGAAUGAAAAGAGUGUCCAAAAUACCAUCACGCAGUGGAUAGUAGAUAUGGAAGGAGCCCCUGGUACGCUCUAUGAAGGAGAGAAAUUUCAGCUGCUUUUCAAAUUCAGCGGACGGUAUCCCUUCGAUUCACCUCAGGUUAUGUUCACCGGAGAGAAUAUACCAGUUCAUCCUCAUGUAUAUAGCAACGGUCACAUCUGUCUGUCCAUUUUGACAGAGGACUGGUCGCCCGCUCUCUCGGUACAGUCGGUGUGUCUUAGCAUUAUCAGCAUGCUCUCCAGCUGCAAAGAAAAGAGACGACCUCCUGAUAACUCCUUUUAUGUAAGAACGUGUAACAAAAAUCCAAAGAAAACAAAAUGGUGGUAUCACGAUGAUACUUGCUAAUGUUGAGCUUUUUAAUACUACAAGAAGAAACAUGUCCUACUGAGUACAUAAGCACUUUUUUUAAAUCAUUCAGUCUUUGAACUUUAACCUUUGACUGGGACAUCUGACUUCCUGGACUGCAUUUCCUAGAGGGCUGUUGGAUGCAUGUUUUCGCCGUAAAAACACAGGAACACAAUGCAGCCAACGUGGAUUGUUUUGACGUACAGUAGUUUUGCAGCAAGCAGGGAGAUUUUGUAGUGAAAGAAUUCCUACUUUAAAUUUAUUUUUUAUGUUCUUUUUUUUUUUUUUGGACCUUUCUUUUCAGGUGGUCAUAUAUUGUGCAAUAACAUUAACUCAUGCAUGCUUGGGCUUACGACGUCCAAUACAAUCUGGAUCACAUCAAUUAACUGUAAGGGACUGAACAUCUCCAGAACAAAGAUAAAGUUUCAUUGUUUUACUGAAAUGAUAUGCACUGUGAAAUGUUUGGAAGUAAAACUAUGUUGCAUUGUAACACUUAGCUCUACUGACACUGCUCAUGACAUGUCAUAUUCAGGUAAUAGUCCUUUUCACGUUCUUAAAAAUGGUUGCGUUAUGAAAAGUCCUUCUCCUUCAUUGUAUUUAUGAUUCAUGACCAACCAGGCUAUGAAAAGUAUUGUUCUGAUUGGUCGAAUUGCUGAACAGAAAAUGGUUACACACAGGGUAAAGGCAGGAACUUUGUAACCAACUAAAGGUUUCUCUGUAUUUGUCUCCAGACUCCAUGCAUUAACUUGUUUGGUGCUGCAUCUGCCAGCCUUCUUUGUUAGAGAACGGAAGAGGACCGACCACCUUUUGUGUUACAAAUGUGUGCGAAGAAAUAAUAUUGUUUGUGUUGUUAAUUUUUUUUUUAAAUUUGUUUGAUGUUUUCCAAAUCUGAAUUAUGCUUUAAUUUAAAAUAUUGUCUUCUAUUUGGAAAAAGUAGUCUUUUUGUUUGUGUUAAAAAGAAAAAAAAGGACAAGAAAUCUGCCAGCUGACCGAAACCUGAAUUUUAUCUCUUUGGGCAUGAGGAAAGAGAGGGGCAGAAUGUUUGUUAGUUUCCUCCUAUUUUAAUUGCAUUCACUGUUUCCUCACCAUGAAUCUGGGUAAAAUGGCUAUUCACGUCUGAGCAAUACUGAAAGUAAUUUUUUCUCCAGGUGAUGAGGUAAGGGUGAGUUCCCUCUCUCUCUCCUGGCCAUAUAUAUACAUGAGGCUCAGGUAUUUUUUCUGUACGAAGUCACCAUAAAUGUUCCUAACCGAUGUUUCCGUUCUAGUGAUAUUUGUACCAAAAAAAAAGAAAGAAAGAAAAAAGAGACUGUUACAUUGUAAAAUAUCAUAUGGUCUGAGGAAAUUAUUGUAUAAUACUCUUUUGGUAAACCGUGCAUAUACAUUAGCUAAAAGGGUGAGGAAGGGACAGCUUGCACGACAAAUAGAAAUCAACUCUGUAUGCUUCAAACCUGUGUAAGCCAGACUUUCUGGCCGCUGGUACCUCGAUUGUCUGAUGAUUGUUUAUAUUGAGAGCAGAACCAUAGGAAGGUGUGGAAUUUUUUAAAAACUCAUGUUGGAUGGGGUUGUGUGUGUUUUUUUUUUUUUUUUCUUCUUGGAACGUUUGUCUCUGCACUUUUUGCUAGUUAGAAUCUGUACAGCAUUUCUAUUAAAAAUGGAAUGAUACGGUGACAGGUAGAAUGUGGGUGUCAUCAGCUUUUUUUGAGCAACUUGUUCAGGCAGUGCUUGGAUUACAAAUGCACAGACUGAGCUCCCCCGAAUGGCGGAGAGAGGCGAUGGCAUUUCGGGUUUCCUUGUUGCCCGGAAGCUACACUGACCUGGGUUUUGGUCCUAACAAGAAGUGGGGCUACCCACAACCUCGUCUGCUUUCUACCCACCCAUGUUGAUGACUCAAGUUGUCCUCCAUUAUAUGUGACUUGCUGUUCUGCCUCCCACGGUCACUUCCCACAAUUCCCUGUGGCACUUGUCAGUGGUGAUCAUCACAGAACUGGAUUUAUAAAGGACCACAGCGACUUGCACUCCUGUUAAGAAUUUAAUACUUUUGCGGUUUAUAUUAUAUUUUUAACAUAUCACUAACUAGAUAUAUUGAGUUUCCACAAUUUUUCAGAUGGACAAGAAUGCACAUGGAGAAUGAAGUUAUAAUUGCGUAGAGGAAAUACCAAGUUUUGUUUUCCCAAUAUGACUUUGGCAGAAACCUGGGGUAACUGUCUGUUAGUUUGUCAUGAGGAAAACAUCCUAAGGCUUGG